GCAACGGUACGAUCGUGGCGCCAGGUGUAUAAAUUCCACCAUUUCUAGUGAUUUCUACCGACAUGUCUACCAACUUUGUAGCCAUUUGUGCUUUAUGGACGAACUGCUGUUGUUGUAAGAAUCCUGGAGGGGUACGAAGUGAGCAAAAGAGACAAGAUAUGGCAGACCUUAGAACUCACUACAAAAAAAAAGCUAUUGGAUUCGGCAAUUUGGAAGAGUCGAGAAUUAUAAGAGCUGUUGAAAAGGCAAAUACUAGAAAACAACGUCGUUCAGCCGUAUAUGCAGUUAAUAGAAAAAUCAUCGGAUCAGGUUCUCCAGCUACAUCCAGCAUCGGAUGUAUUGAAAACGUACAAGAUGAAGCUAAGGAUCAAAUCAUCGAAGAAGAUAGACGAAUGAAAUUGUCAAGAUGGAGGGCAGAACGAGAUUUACAAAAAAAAAUUCAAAAGGCAAUGAAACCACCAGUAUUUCGUGCUGGAGUGUGUCACCAUAAACUAAAUUCUCCUGUUUUCCUACACCAAAGUCUGCCAACAUCAAAACUGGUCAAAUCAUCCAUACCACCUAGAAUAACUAGAGCCACUGCUAAAAGACUAGCAUCGAAAGCUUGUAUGAAGGCACAUACACCUGAUGCUGGCAUAGUUUUAAGGAAUAAAAAACCAAUCACAAAAGUGUUCAGUCAAAGAAACAUACACAAAGAUGUGAAAAGCGUUGAAAAGACAAUUCCUAUUCCUGACAGUUCGUUUGCACCGGAUAAUUACGAGUUUAGACCACCAAUCGGUUUAACAUCUUUGCCAUUGUUUGGCCAGGCAGCAUUGCAAGGGCCAAAACAAAAUUAUGACACUACUGCUACUCCUACAUUCUUCUCUCCUUAUAUUGUCAAUACAGGAAUGAAAGAUGCUUUAAGACAAAAACGCCUGCAGCAAGCCAACACUAUGGCUAAUAGUGUGCCAAUGCAACUAAACAGUAAUGAAUUACUAACUGCUGCAGCUUUUGAAAAAGACCAAGAGCGAACGCCAACAUAUUUUAGAAAAACCACAGACGGAGAAGUUAUGAGACUAAAAGCUCUCUGUUGGGAUUGGAUGAUGAUAAAAUCUGCCCCUGAUACCCCAGAAGAUGCUCAACUCAUGAUAAAUCAAGCAAUCGGUCAAACAAAUUUGUUGAUCGACAAAAAGGUAAAACAAUUUCGAAAACUCAUAACCGAAUGUGAAACUGGUUUGGGAGAAAAAUUGGUAACUUGUGACGACUUGCAAGGUUUCUGGGAUAUGAUGUACAUGCAAGUGGAAGACUGUGAUUCCAGAUUUGGAAAAUUGAACCAAUUGAAAGAGAGAAAUUGGCAAGAGGAUGAACAAACAAAAAUCAAACCAAAAAAAAUAGCAACUAAGCCACCAGUAGCAGUAACUAAGAAGAAUGUUGCUUCCAAGCCUAGUUCUAUCCGUGAAAUGAUCUUAGCUGCUAGAAAAAUGAAAAUGGAAUCACAAGCAAAUCAGAAUUCACCAACUGUCACCAUUUCAGAAUCCAGCAAACCCUGUGUUGAAUCGUUAGGUUUGCCCACAGUAAAAUUUGAUGGCGGUUUUUUCAUGGUCGAAAGUCCAAAGAAAAUUGUUAUUCCAAGAAGUCUUCAAAAAUCAACUCCAUUACCACAUCCAAAAUUUUCGGAGGAGUCUAAACAUCGUCGCUCAGCACUCAGAUCAAUUGGAGUUUCUCAAAUUCUCAAGCCACUGGAAAUUGAGUCAGAACCCCUCAUCCCGUUUUCGACCUUCCAACAAACACCAGGAAAAAGUAUUUUGAAGCAAACAGAAUCUCACAAGUCUGCAUCCUGUACCACAAGAUCUCAAAAUAAAGUGAAUUUUGCUGAAAAUGAAGAAAUAUUUACAAAGAGUAAUGAUCCUUUGUGUAAAGAAUCAAGUAUUACUUUGCACGAUUCCGAAAGCAUCAAUAAAAAGCUUGAAGCAGAACUAGACGUCAAGAAAAGACUAGAUUUUUUGAGCCUUGAUUCAAGUGAUUCAGAUUCUGAAACACAGUGUACUGAAAAAAUCCAUGAGCAAAGUGGUUCUCAACUUUCUUGCAAUGAUAAAGCUAACCGUAGAAAGAAUAAAAAUUUCCGGACUCUGGAAGAUUGUAACAUUGUCAAAAUUGAAAGGAAUGAGUUUUCAGAUUCAAUUAUAGUAAGUGAAAAUUCUGUAGGCCUAGCAAGAGUAACACGAACGACUCGUCAAUCGGUAUUGAAACAACUUACCAAGGAAAUGAAGCUGGAUAUUCCAAACAUUCAUUCGGAUAUAGCAGAGACUUCUUAUGAUAGAGUAAGUCCUAUGGAAACAAGUAAGCUCCAAAAAGAGAACAAACAACCGGAAAGUCCAAAAAGUACAAAGCUAAGACGAUCUACCAGAAGAAGUGUUAAAUUCACAGGAGAGGAAUGUACAGUGUGUUCGAGUUCGGAACAGGUUCAGCCAAUGACUCCGCACGUAAAACGACGAAUUACUAAAUCAUCGGAGAGACGCAAGUCUUUCAAACAAUAACAAAUUUAAAUUACCUAUGAAGAUAUGUGGCGACUUAGUUAAUCUGGUAUUGCUCGGACUGGUGAUCUCUACAGCGGUUAAAACGACUUACGAAGUACGAACGCGGGUAUGAACCCUAUGUUGAUGGUACGAAAUUGAAUCUGAAUUUUUACGCCAUAUUAAUACCGUUUUAGUGGCGUUGGCGUCGGCGAUGUUUUAUAUCGAUAUUUGCGGAAUAGCAUCGAACAUCGAAUAAUCAAAGCUGAAAAACAUCGCCGAAAAUAAUCGAUCAUUUCGAUUAAUCGACAAACAUCGCCCAUCCCCAUCAGCUGGCUUCUAGCUGUUUCUAGCUGCCUCUAGCAAUCCAAAUUUGUCAAUUUAGCUCGGUAGUCGAUUAAUUCAAAAUAAAAGAAGAUUACAUUGAGAUUAACGAUGGCAAAUGUUUCCCGAUUUGUUAAGAGCAUUUAUGAUGACCCCUUUAAAUGGUCGCUGGUGAAAAGCAUUGCUAUUUUUGCUUUGGGGGUUAGGAUCGCUCUCGAAUGCCGCGGAGUCGAUUUGAUGCCACCGAUUACUGCAUAAACAAGUCAACUUUAUUUCACAUUAAUUUAGUUUAAGUUUUAUAAUAUUACAAAAAUUAGCCUACAUAUUUUGAUUUACAAUUGCACUGUUUGGCUAACCGAUUGAACUGUACAAAUGUAAUUAAAUUUAAGUUUAUUCGCAUUUCAAUGACUUAUUAAUUUAUCGCAUUUAUACUCUGUUCAACCUCAUCGCUACACACAAUUUCUUUAUAACAGGUUCAUGUCGUAAGUAAGUUGAUUUUAAAUUUAUGACUGUAAGCACAUGCUCAUCAAUAAAUUGUACAAUAUGAGUAA